GGUGGAAAACUUUUGAAUCAUUUACAAUGAUUAUUAAAUCAACCAUAUUUCCUUUAAAAACCUUAAAAGAUACACUAUUGUUAGCUAUACAGUACGUAGUAUGUACUAGUAUAUACAACAUAGCAGAAUAUAUGCGUACCAGUGCUAAUGAAACUGAUGAUUGAAGGUGGAAGAGAGCCCUAUUCAUUCACUCCCCCCACUGACAAUUCCUGCCGGUACUGGGAAUCGAACCCGCAACCUUUCGGCUUACAAGUCGAUUAGGCCAUGAGUGCCCUAGUAUUUAUUAACUCCACUGAAGGGCUUGACUUGACAAAAGGCCAUAUUCACCAACUUGAUUACUAAACCACGAUGCAUCCCAGAAAAUAUUAUUAGUGGGAUUUUGAUUCACCACACUGAAUACAUAUCAGUUCACCAAAAUGUUUUGCUCAGUUGGCCCCCGAUAGCAACGUGAUUAGUGCUGCGACACAUAGCACAACUGUGCUCGCAGCGACCCAAGUUCGAUUUCCUUCCCGACUCCUUUGCCGAUCCCAUCCCCCUCUCUGUCCAAUCAAAAAUGCUUUCCUGUCUAACCUCUACUGUCCUAUUCAAUAAAAGCCCAUAAAUAUAACUCUGAAGUUUGCUCAUAUUCGUUCACCACUUCAUAUGGAAACAUUUUUGUUAGGUAACAUCUUUACUCCUGAAGGUGGUGACCAGUGAGUCUGGAGUGUUAAGAGUGAAUCUUUAAAUUAUGUACUCAAAAGAUUCAUUCAAAAACACAGCAUAACAGCAAAAAAUUAACAGAGUGUCUAUUUACACUAAGUGCAAAUAGCCCGUCAUGUUGGCAAAAGCUACAGUAUUUACAGUAACUCUGCCCGCGAACGCGUGUUUGAGUUAGUGAACACAAAAAAAAGUCGCUAAAUUAGCAGCAGUUUCAGUGGCGUAAAUGGUAAGACGCAUAUUUUUUGACACGAUCGACCCAAGUUCGAGCCCAAACUUUUUUCCUCUCUUUUCAACUCUCAUAUUGCAUCAGAAAGGCAUUUAUUUUAAGUAAAAAUGAAGGAAAUAAUCAAAAAGUUGAAAAUAAGAGUAUUGGGUAGGGUUCGAGUAGGUGGAGGGAGGGCUUUAUUGUCCCAAUAAGGUGGCAUCCAGUUAAUAAUUUGAAUUAAAACUAUAAUUUACACUCAAUACGUUAUUAUUGCGUACUGUUUUAUAACGUACUACAAUACUGAGGAGCAAAUAAUUGCCACUAUUUGCAAUGAGUAGUAUAAAUAGCAGAAAACCUUGCUGUUUUAACGGUUUAUUUUGAUUACGGAAUGAUUUACAUUUUUUUUAUUCUGGUCCAUACACGGCAAUCAGACAAACUUGCAUAUCACACUGCAUGUAGAGGUGGUACCGGUGUACUAUUUAAAAAAAGAGGAAGGUUUGUGUGACAGCACACUUCCUGAAUGCUGUACUGUCAAACUCAAACUCUGACAGAGUAUAUCCUGUGUGAGAAGCAAAAAACCGAACAGAGCUCUGCAAACACAUCUUCAGCCAACUUAUGUUUUCGGCUUUACACUGAGAGACGUUUUUUGUUCUUGAAGUUGGGGUUCUGAAAGGAUGGAAGACGCAUUACUAAAGGUGUUUGUCGUAGUCGUCAGUCUGCUCCUCUCAAAGGAUCAAAAUGUCUUUCACGACCAAGAUGACGAUAUCAUGGUGAGCAUGCAAGACCAUGAGCACUUUCUGUUGGAGGAGGGGGCAAAGCUAGAACAAGGGGAGCACAAUGUUGCCAUGGAGCUGCCACAUUCAAAUCAGGAAGUGUCACAAAGUCAUCGCAGGGUGCCGAGAGGAGAGGGGGACACGUCAGAUGUUCAACAAAUUUUGCCAAGUGUCAAGACCACGGUGCUGCACGAGGAGCAAAUGUCCCCAGUGGGAGAGCAAAAUGACUUCCGCCAAAAGGCAUUUGCACCAGAUGACCAGAAAAUAUUGGAUGUUGACACAGACAAACAGACAUUGCAUAUGCCAAAGGAAGGCCUAACACAUGAGCAUGUCAACAUGGACCAGUCAGGGCCCACUGUGGACCAGAAUGUCUCUCAGGGGGAUGCGGCACACCCAGAGAAGCCACAAGCUGGCCGGACUGACACCCAUCACGAACAUCAAGUUGAUCAGGGAUUACUCAUUGACCAAAAAAUACCAACUUCAAGUCAAAGGUUGACAACGAUAAUUCAAGGGAAACAAUCUAGUGACCAAGAGGACACCUACAGUUGGUACCUUUGGAAGACACUCACCUUUAUUUCAUUUUUUCGUAUUUUAAAAAAUGUCCUCAGAAAGGGUUCCAAGCUGCAAAGGAAGAUGCUGAGAUGCCUGAACAUCUCCCAAGCUUCAGAUCUUGAUUCCAAGACCUUAACUAGCUUCCAUAACCAGUGUAUCCUGGUUCCACCCAGUCACAGUUGGCAAACUUGUGAGUUUGUAGAGGGUUUUGUGAACGACCUGCUGGAAGCUGUGAGGACUACAGGUUCAGACAUGGAGAUUGAGGACUUUGUUGGCGUUGGGAGAUUAUACGAGCAAUGGGCUUCAAGAAAGAGCAUUGUGUGCGACAUACAUGUACCCAUCGUCCCUCCAAAGCCAUAUAACUUCGAGUUUGAGCUUUUGAAAGAAAGUAGAGGUUCUUCAACCAUACAGUACUGUUGCAGAGUCAAGAUGGGCAAAGGCGGCGCCAGUUCAACCAUCUGCCCUUGCAGCAAUUCCAACCUAGAUGACGAUACAUUGUGUCUCCUACAUCCAGAUAAAAAAGAAGAUCAUAUGACUGAAAAGUACAUUAAUGACCUUCUAUGCCAAGAAAAUAACUCGUAUCUUGCUAAAACACAUGUUGUGAAGUGGCUUAAGACAGCCGUUAGGAAAGCAUGGGAUGAGAUCAGCCACAAGUAUGAGUUUGACCUACUAUUCCAGAAUAGAGAAAACCCUGGAAGUCUCAAAGUUCGUUUCAGGUCAGGUCGGGUCAUUCUGUUCAACCUCACACCUGUGGUCAGAUUUAAAGACUCAGAAGUACAUCUGAUCCCGUAUUCUCCCUCUGCCAUAUUCUCAGACACCCAUUGGCCUGUAUGUUUUACACGCUACGAAAACGCCCUUCUUCAACACAUAACCAAAACGCUUCCAGACAAUGCAUGCCAUAUUCAUUGCCUACAGAUCCUUUCCUUCCUACACAAACACCAGACUGGCCUCACUGGACCAUGUGGGCUUACAAACUACCACUUGAAGAACGCAGUGUUACAUUUUCUGGUCAACAAAACGUUAUCUUGGGACCCUGAGCAGAUGGCUUGCAGGCUUAAUGAUCUGCUGACUUUCUUACAGCAGAAAGUCAAAGCUAAAUCACUAAGCCAUGCUCUGGUUGGGAACCCUCUCAUUCCUAGGGAGAUUGGAUUUCCAGAAGAGUUCAGAGUGGGAAAACCUGUUAAUUUGUUUCUGCCUUUGUCAAAUGAAGAGUUGUACUUAAAAACAAAUAGACACUUACAGGAGAUGAUUAGAAACAUGCCAGUGCUGAUAUAUGAAUAUGGAUCAAUGAGAAACCGUAUAUAAAAAAAUAUAUAUAUAUAUAUAAUUUUAUGAGAUGCUGUGCUGGAAAUGCUUAAUGUACUUUUGCUUAGGUGUUCAUUGUUUCAUAGUGCAUUUACUCUUUUGGUGACAAAUGUAAAGAGAUUAAAUAAUUUGUGAAUUCA